CAAUGAAGCCAGUGGGCUCUCAUUUCAUCCAAUGCACUCUGGAUAUUGGUAGGGAUGGCAUUGACUGAACCAAAAAGUCUUACAUCAUUUUAGGAAUCAGUGACCUUCAAUGAUGUAUCUAUCAACUUUACCAAGGAAGAGUGGGCCAUGCUGGACAAGAACCAGAGAAAGCUGUUCAGAGAUGUUAUGCUGGAGAAUAUCAAUCAUCUGGUGUUCAUGGGGUAUCAGGUCUGCAUAUCAGAAGAGCUUUCACAGUCAGAACAAGGAGAACUGUGGAGAGGAUUAAGUUUUCUCCAAGUACAGAGUCCAGGCAGGGAGAAUGACCAUAAAAAAGAAGAAAUGAUAACCUUGCAACAUAUCUCUAAGAAAGACACAUCUACUAACCAGACAAAGCAGAUUUCUCACAAUGAAGAGGAUCCCCUUGAAAGUAAUGAUUUGGGAGACUACUUCACUCACUCCACAAUGACUGACAUGGGAAAGAAACACAAUAUAAACAAACAAUUUCAAAGAGUUCUCAAUUAUCUUUCAUUCAUUGGUCAAAAUAAGAAAACUCACACUGGAUGUAAGUCAUAUAACUGUCAUCUAUGUGGAAAAGUUUCCAGAAGUAGUUCUGGCCUUAGACAACUUAAGAAAAUACACACUGGAGGAAAGCCACAUGGCUACCAUCUAUGUGGGAAAGACUUCACUGGUAGUUCUACCCUCAGACGACUUGAAGAAAUUCACAUUGUGAAGGAUCCAUAUGUCUGCCAUCUAUGUGGGAAUUCCUUCAGUCAAAAUUUUAACCUUAGGCAACAUGAAAGAAUUCACAAUGUGGAGAAAGUAUAUGCCUGCCACAGAUGUGGGAAAGAUUUCAUGGAUAGUACCACCCUCAGACAAUGUGAGAGAACUCAUACUGAAGUAAAAGUAUAUGUCUGCCAUGUAUGUGGGAAAGACUUCACUGAUAGUUCUAAACUCAGACAGCAUGAGAGAACUCACACUGGGGAGAAACCCUAUGUCUGCAAUAUGUGUGGGAAAUCCUUCAUUCAGUUUGGUAUCCUUAGGCGACAUGAAAGAAUUCACAAUGGGGAGAAACCAUAUGUCUGCAGUAUGUGUGGGAAAUCCUUCAGUCAUUGUGGUACACUUAGGAAACAUGAAAGAAUUCACACUGGAGAGAAGCCCAAUAUCUGCAAAAUAUGUGGGAAAUCCUUCAAUGAUUGUAGUAACCUUAGGCGACAUGAAAGAAUUCACACUGGGGAGAAACCCAAUAUCUGCAAUAUAUGUGGAAAAUCCUUCAAUUGUUGUGAAACCCUUAGGCGACAUGAAAGAAUUCACAGUGGGGAGAAGCCAUAUGUCUGCAGUAUGUGUGGGAAAUCCUUCAGUCAGUGUGGUGCACUUAGGCAACAUGAAAGAAUUCACACUGGAGAGAAGCCCAAUAUCUGCAAUAUAUGUGGGAAAUCCUUCAUUCAGUGUGGUGCACUUAGGCGACAUGAAAGAGUUCACACUGGGGAGAAACCCAAUGUCUGCAAUAUAUGUGGGAAAUCCUUCAGUUGUUGUGGUGCCCUUAGGCGACAUGAAAGAAUUCACACUGGGGAGAAACCAUAUGUCUGCAGUAUGUGUGGGAAAUCCUUCAGUCAUUGUGGUAGCCUUAGGGAACAUGAAAGAAAUCACAAUGGGGAGAAACCAUAUGUCUGCAGUAUGUGUGGGAAAUCCUUCAGUCAUUCUGGUAGCCUUAGGCGACAUGAAAGAAUUCACACUUGGGAGCAACCACAUCUGACAUCUAUGCAGGAAAUCCUUCUAUAUACAUGAUAAACUUAGGCAACAUGAAAAAACUCACACUGGAGAGAAACUAUAAGUCUGCCAUCUAUAUGGGAAAUCCUUCCAUUUAUGUGGUAAACUAGUUACACGAAAGAACUCACAGUGAGAAGAAACUAUACACCUGCCAUGUAUGUGGGAAGUGGUUCACUGAUAGUCUCAGAUGACAUAAGGUAAUUAACACUGAGGAGAAAACAUUUCUCCCAUCUAAGUAGGAAAACCUUUAGACAUUAUUCUGCUAUUGGACAUCAGAGAACUCAUUAAAUAUGUUUUGCUUAUGGAAGAAUCUUCAGCCAUAGCUUUAACAUUUAAAAUAAAAGAAUUCACACAGUAGUGUAAUAAAUUUUUCUCAAUGUAAUAAAUGGGUAAAUGCUUUUAUUUACAAUGUAUCUUUAAAUAACAUGAUUUUCUUAUUUUAGAAUGAACUCAAAGUCUGUAAUUACCUAUAAUAAAUUUCAGCUUAGCUCCAUCCUUUGUUAUACAAGUAUAGCUCAGAGUAGGAAUGACUCCUAAGCCAUAAAAAUGGACAGAAAUAUCCUUAAUAGGAGGAGGAUAUUCUAGGAGAACAAGAGAUAAUAUUUGAUGGAUUGGCUACUCAAUGAAAAACUGUGAGAAAUUACUUACAAAGCAAUGUGUAGAAUACAUGUGAAGUUUCACAUUGUAUAAUACAUUCUAUGUGUAUGUAGAAUGAAGAAAUGUCUUUGGCAUUUUUAAUUUACCCAUCAAUUGUUAAAUUUCUCAUACUGAGGAAACAUCAACACUAAAAUCAAGGUGAAAAAAUGUUCAGCUGCAUUUCACACCAGGAAUAUCAGACUGGGAAAAAUAACUAUCAAGAAUGUUUUUAUGACAAAAUUCAGACAUGAAUUCAGAGUUUUUCCUUUUGACAUAUUAAUGAAAAAUAAAUUAAAAUGUAGAAUUGUGAGGUGAUUUGGAACUGCUAAAUGCAGACUUUUGUAAUGAGUUGUAGGCAGGGAAAUCAGUUCUUUUUAACAGAUUAGCACAUGAACAUAUUUAUGAGGUAAAAACUGGUUGAAAAUUCUGAUUUUCAACUUCUAUUUUUUCAUUAAACUCUAUAAACAUAAUUAUGCUGACUAGGUUAAAUCAGAAAAUAUCUUUAAAUUUUAACUGACAAAUGUACAACCAAUGAUGAGCUGUCAUAAUUCUUAUAUACUGUUAACAAGUAUGUAUAAAGCAAUAAUGAACAGAACAUAGAUAAACAGAUUACUUGGGAGUCAUUUCUGGUGAUGCAGACAUUUUCCCUUUUAAAUGUUUUUAUUGGUCUUUCAACUUAAAAUGGAAGUAAAAUUCAAUCUUAGAAUAAUAAGCCCUGGGGUAUUUGGGGACAUGGGAAUGGAAAAUUCCCAUAAUCCUGAUCAGUAAUUUGCUCAUGUCAUGCAUUAAAAAUGUGUUGUCAUUAUCUAUCUCCAGGAGGGUGGCUCAGGCAGUGGCAAUGAUGGGACACUUUCUAAGGGGGCUGAGGUGAUGGGUGUUUGGGCAGUUCUGGGCAUGACUUGCCCCAUGACAUUUCCCAGCCAUGGGCUGUGUCCUGGUUUGCCAAUUCUGCCAGAAUGCAAAAUACCAGAAAUGGAUUGUCUCUUAUAAAGUGGGUUUAUUUGGUUACAAAGUUACUGUCUUGAGGCCAUAAUCAUGUCCAAGGUAAGGUAUCAACAAUAGGUUACCU